CCUCCAGCUGCCAUCAUGAUCAUCUCCCGGGACUUCAUCAGCCAUGAAAUGUUCUCCGACAUCUGCAAGACCCGGGAGAUCGUGGAUGGUCUGUGUCUGGAGGUGGAGGGGAAGAUGGUCAGUAGGACAGAGGAUAACAUUGAUGACUCGCCCAUUGGUGGAAAUGCCUCCGCUGAAGGGCCCGAGGGUGAAGGUACUGAAAGCACAGCAAUCACUGGUGUCGAUAUUGUUAUGGACCAUCACCUGCAGGAAACCUACAAGAAGUACACCAAAGAUUACAUGAAGUCAAUCAAAGGGAAGCUUGAAGAACAGAGAGCAGAAAGAGUAAAACCUUUUACGACAGGAGCUACAGAACAAAUCAAGCACAUCCUUGCUAAUUUCAAAAACUGUCAGUUCUUCAUUGGUGAAAACACGAAUCCAGAUGGCGUGGUUGCUCUGCUGGACUGUCAUGAGGAUAGUGUGACUCCGUAUAUGAUUUCCUUUAAGGAUGGCUUAGAAAUGGAAAAAUAUUAACAAAUUUGGCUGUUA